AUGUUGUUUCUAUACCUUACAGUUAAUCCUUUUCGAGUGACUUUCAAGAAGGGCAUUUUGAAGCAAGAUGCUCAAAAGUAUUCCCUCCCAAAGAAUGAGAGUUUGACAAUUGACGUUUGGUACCCGCAACCCGUAAGCAGUGCACAAGUGGCCAUCAGUGGACCUUCUACCAUUCCCAACUGUGGUGUCUUCACAUUGGUCGGCCAUUUCAGCUCCCCCAAGGGAGAUGCUCAGUUUUAUUGGACAGCGAAUAGGGCCGACAAGCGACCUCUAGAGGUGGAAAUUGCCAACGCUCUGCUCAUGAUCAGGACUGCCUCCCUCACUCUGGACUCCAGCCUGCUGGAAGUGGAGCAGGAGUACAUCUUCAUCUUGACCGCAGAACAUCCCAUCAACGAGAAAUACGAAGCCAGACACGUCGUUAGUCGGAAGCCCUACAUCGGACCCCUGGUGACAGCCUACUCGAACGUCAUGACACAGUCCUCUGUCAUGGUGGAUGAAACGGUAACACUCCAAGCCGACCUGACUCUUCCGGAAUGCAGCAAUGGGAAAGAAAAUAUGUAUUUGAUGUGGUCUGUCAACAAUCCUAAAGUGAAGUUUAAUUUUCGUAACAGACGCUCAAGCGUGUAUGUGAUUGAGCCUUAUUCUUUGCCAGAAAACACUGAAGUCGUCUUCAUUGCGAACGCCUUCUUUUCAAAUAUGUUGAACAUAACAGAAUCCAAGAUACAUCUGCGUGUUGAACCAAUGAAACUCAAGGCGGCCAUCAAAGGAACUGCCAAGAGAGUAGUCGGGAACAAAGCCGGAAAUUUGGUAUUGGAGAGUGAAAAUCUGAAUGCUGGUAUUCCUGUGAUCUAUCAAUGGAAAUGCUAUGAUAAAAAUUACCCGAUAUGCUACAAUUACAAGAAAAACUCCACCGAAGCUCUUUUAGUUCCCAGAAAACUGCAGAGCAAGCCGAAAUUAGUCAUCCCCUGCGAAAGUCUGAAGGCUGGGCAUGUGCUGACCUUUGAGCUCCGAGUUUUCAACGCCAAUAACAGGUUUCACAGUCAAACUGCUUCGGUCAUGGUACUGGUCGAAAGUAAAAAUAUACCUCAGGUUAUCAUAGAUUCUGUUAUAGCAGAUGGUUCAAUCCCCAUCCAAAGGCAUCCCACAACAGGCGCAUACAGCAUUCCAGCAGGCCUGCCUGUUGCAGUGCAUGCGACCAUAAAUGCAGUGAAAACAACUCUGAAGUCAGUGAAAUGGGAAGUCAAAGGAUAUUCAUCAUCAUUCACAUUCACCACGAUGCAUGGGAAGUCUGUAUUGUCUCUUGAAGAAGGUUUUCUUGUCGGCCAUGGUAUCUAUUUGAUAGGACUAAGUGCCUGUGACGGAAUGGGGGCCUGCGGCAUUGCCAAUUUGACCAUCCAUGCCAUUCCUGGCGUGGCACUCUGCAAGCUGGAAGUACAACCUUAUGUGGAAUAUGAAAUGAUAAAACCUGUUGUAUCUGGAUGUUCAAUACCACCAGGCAGACAGCCCCUGACGUAUCAAAUAUUCCUUCAUUCCAUCGAGUCAGUGUUCCCCAUCACCCCUCCACAAACACCCACCGUUUUCAACAUGUUUGGACCUCCUCGACAAACAGCAAAUGGCACACAGAUGUCUGUGCAAGUGUGCGACAAGUACUUGCUGUGCACUCUGUUCGCUGGUUCUACAGUGAGAGUGAGUUCCAGUGAAAGGCGAGAGGAAGACAGAGAUAAACUCAUUAAGAAGGCAGAGCAUGCCAUGGAGAUUGAUGACCCUUUGACCACUCUGUCCCUCUACCUGAUCGCUGCCUCUGACAAGGAAGUUGCCCUGUCCCAAGUGGAGACGGAAAACAUGCUGAGUGCCGGUGCCAAGGCCACUGUCAACCGGUACAUCAGUGCCGGGCAGUUGUCGCUGGUGUACAGCGCCAUGCGCCCCCUGGUGAGACAGAACUCGGACAAGGUCAAGAUGAGGGCCAUCACCGUCAUCAAGAGGGGGACCAAGCUCGCAUUCGGAAACAAAAUCAAGAUCCCGGCAGAAGUCCUGUCCCGGGGUCACACCAAUGUCGCGGAAGCCCUCCAGUGCCGCGAUGCGGGUUCUGCCGUGUCGGAUGCCGUCAAGAACACCCUGGACUAUUUCGUGGAGCGGCUCAGCGCCAGCGUGCCGCUGGGAACCCGGGUUCUCAUGUCCUCCAAGUACCCCGGCUACCCCACCAGCCUGGUCUUCCGGCAGCACCCGGACCGCAGCCCCAUCUACAUCAAGGCCAUGUCCUCGGACGGCACGGUGGAAGGGUCCGUGCGCUUCGAGGACGCCAUCAGGGACAAAGUUCGAAAGAGGAAAUGUGCCAAGACAUGCAAAGAAGGAAUUGUGGUAGCUCUCACUCUGUACCCUGCAUCUGCUCCUUACCCCACUACAGACAGGAGGACUUCUCCUGUUCUGGAUAUAACACUCAGGGAACCUGAAGGAGGCAAGCCACUGAGCAUGGCGGACGUCCCGAAUGCGAUCCGAUUGGCCCUGAGCCACAGCGGCAACUACUCGGAGUCCGUGAGCAACCGCAUCCUCUACAGGUGUUCCUACUGGGAUGCAGCCAAUGGAGAGUGGAGCUCCGAGGGUCUGGUGACCUUCGGUGUCGAUGGCAAUGUCAUGAGGUGCUGGUCCUCUCACCUCACCUCCUUUGCCGUCAUGGAGAUAUACGAUGGAUUGUCUACGGGUUCCAUCGUAGGCAUCGUUGUCACAGUCCUGAUGGGCGUCUUCAUCAUCAUGAUGUUGGCCUUCUUCUUCUUCCGGAAGAAGCAAGCGGCCAAUGCCAGGGUCUCCAACGAAGCCCUCCAAUCCAAAAGGAGCUCCGAGAAAAUGAACGGGUCCAUGAGGGUCAAGACUGUGACUCCCUGACCCUGAUCAAACACCAUUUGUUCCUGUGAUCCCAGUGUGCCUUUCUGGAAGCUGUGCCGAUGUGCUCAUUUCCGAUUUUAACAAUCAUCAUAAUGGAAGAUUGUUGACGUUUCACAUUUGAAGUCCGAGUAUAAUCCGUCCAGCUUAACAAUCU